GCUUUAAGAUAAUAAUUACAAGUAAAUAUUAAUAAAGCCAAAAGCAUCCUUGUAGGGAGGAUUCUAUAGCAAGCUUGUCUGUUUGCUGAGCUAUAAAGAUGAACGUUAGGGGAGGCGAUGAGAAGCAGUCAGGUACAACUGAUCCAUUGCCACAUUUUGCGUCAAAGAAAAAUGUAAGCAUACGGAAACGCUUUUUACCAACCUUCAUGUACGAAUAUGGGCGAAGCGUAUACGGUGGCAACCCGCUAUUGCAGCAGACUCUUCCCGCUCCUUUCGUUCCGACACACCCGGUAUUGUACAUUGUAUUGUUUUUGUGUUCCGCAAUUCUUUUCUUAUCAAUGGGCACAAUAAUACUAGUUAAAAGUUCGAAAAGCCACGUUGUCGAGGAAUAUUACAGCCAAAUUCAUCGUUAUCAAUAUACACCAAGUGACCCUAUGGUUAACAUCAAUGAGGGUUUGCGUUCAUUUGUGGUAGACGGUGUUACCUACAAGCAGGGAACAAUGACACAGCUACGUUUCAAUGUAAAAAAAGAAAUGAAGGCACCCGUGUAUAUGUAUUAUAAAAUUGAUAAUUUAUUUCAAAAUCAUCGUUAUUUCAAAACAGGACGUUCUAGAUCGCAGCUCUCAGGGAGUAUAAACCCUGGUGAAAUGUCCAAUUGUCACCCCUAUCUUAAGCCUGGAGGCGUGAAUAAAAGCGGUGAGGAUGUAAUAGUUUCAUAUGAUGGACAGGAACGAAGAGCAUAUUCUUUUCAAUACAAUCCAUGCGGUAUCGCGGCGUGGUCCAUGUUCAACGACACGCUGAGCCUCUUCAAGGUCAUGCACUCGACCUCCACCGCGCCAAACAAUGUCCCGAUCUCGAAGAGCAGCAGUACCAGCAACCUUAAUGUUCAGUUACUUUGCAAUGGCACAGAUUUCGACGCGAAGGGCAACCCCCUUGGGAAAAGUGUGACACAAAACGGCUGCUCUAAGAAAGGAAUCAGCUGGCGUUCAGACACAGAAGUGAAGUUUAAGAAUCUCACCGUCGGUGAAAGAUGGUGGUCGCUUUACUUCCCCUAUACUACAAAUAACACCUACCUUAACAAGGGCUGGUAUCUCAAUGAGCCCGGACAUUCCCUACCGGACCCUCUCGAUUUGGAUUUUCAAGUGUGGAUGAGGGAUGCCGUCUUGCCGAAUUUUAGAAAACUGUACCGCAUCAUAAAUGUGGACCUCACUCCAGGAACCUAUUUACUACAGGUCGAAGAAUUCUUCGACGUUGAAACAUUUGGGGGUCAAAAGGGGUUCGUCCUGCGUCCACACGGCUUGGGUGGAGUCGAAGAAUUCGGUGUAGGUAUAGCGUUUCUCAUAGUCGGAUCACUUUCCUUUGUGUUAAGCAUAUCAUAUCUGGUUGAUUGUAUCCUACGAAAAGAAAAGAAGGAUGCUGUCUCCAUGCUAAAAGAACCAAGACGAUCAUGGUAUCACUAUGAUCCAAGUGCGCCAGAGUUUGAGAAAUAUUAUCAGCUCCUCAUCGAGAGGAGCGUGCCCAUUGAGGAACUAAUCGCUCUCCGUAAGAUGCAAGACCCCAGAUCCCGUAGCACUACAAGCAAAGAUACGGAAUGA